UAAAGAAGGAAACCCCUCUUCCCCUAACCCUCGUCGCGCCGCCGCCUCCGCCACCGUUUCUCUCUCGACGCUCCUGCCGCCACCUUGCCUCUCUUCUCUGGACGCUCCACUUUCCCUCCGCCCAAAACCUCCUCCGCCGCCAUGCGUCAAUCUGACCACUGCCGCCCCUUCCGCCCUCCGGACUGGGGCUCCCCGCCUCCCCACUGCCGCCACCACCAGCAGACCCACCGCCAGCCGCAGCCGCCGCCACGGUUCGCCGUCAUCCUCUUCCGCGCCAAUGCCUCCACCCCGACCGCCACGGAGAUCGACGCGCUCGUCGCCGGCCUCCAUUCACCGCCCCCGGACAACCUCUCCGUCUCGUCCGCCGGCCGCGACGCCGCUCGCCUCCUCUUCCGCUCCCUCCCCGCCGCCGCGGCCGCCGCGCGCGAGCUCUGGUCGCUCCGCCUCGAGGGCCUCCACCUCCUCACCCCGCACCUCCCAAGCGCCGCCGUUGCCGCCCACGCAUUCCCCCUCAUCGCCUCCCUCUUCGCCUCCCACGCGUCCCGCCUCUUCGAUUCCGACCUCGUUUCCCGCUCAGCCGCCCGCUCUGCCGAGCUCGCAGCGUCCAUCCAGUCCGUGAAGCACCGCCUGCGCGUCCCCAGUAAGUUCCGCGACUUCGACCAGCUUGAUCUCCAGAAGAAAACGCUGGAGGCCGAGAAGGACUUGGUUGAUGCCAAAAUUGCCGAGUACAAAGCAGCUAUGAGUUCGAUACGGCGUGCCAUGUUACGUGGGACCGGUGACGAUGAUGAGGAGGUGGAGGAAGAGGGGGUGGAUGUGUUUGGGAUUGGGGAAGGCGAGGAUGUCGACUUUGUGAGGUUGCACAUGAUGAUGCUGCGCGAGUGCAGGCGGCUCAACGAGGGGCUACCAAUAUAUGCAUACCGCACAAAGAUUCUCAAUCACAUUUUCAAUAACCAGGUUAUGAUCUUGAUCGGGGAAACUGGUUCUGGGAAAAGCACACAGCUGGUUCAGUUUCUUGCUGACUCAGGUCUUGCUGCUAAUGGUUCCAUUGUCUGCACUCAACCUCGAAAAAUUGCUGCUACAUCGUUGGCACGUAGAGUGGAUGAAGAAAGCAACGGCUGCUACACUGACAAUUUCGUGUUGUCAUACUCAACCUUUUCUAGUUCUCAAGGCUUCAAUUCAAAGAUCAUAUUUUGCACAGAUAGCUGUCUAUUACAUCACUGCAUGAAUGAUGCGGGCCUGGAUGGCAUUUCAUAUAUCAUCGUUGAUGAAGCUCAUGAAAGAAGCUUGAACACCGAUCUUCUCUUAGCUUUGAUCAGGAAGAAGCUGCUUGAUAGGUUGGAUUUGCGUCUUGUUAUAAUGUCUGCCACUGCUGAUGCUGAUAGACUUUCUGACUACUUUUACGGCUGUCAAACAUUUCAUGUUAAAGGGCGGAAUUUUCCUGUUGAAAUUAAAUAUGUCCCAGAUAUAUCAUCAUUGGAGGCUUCCUUCAAUACUGUGCCAAAUUCUUUCCGUCAUGCUUCUGCAACUGCUUCUUAUCUUAAUGAUGUUGUAAGAGUGGUAAGCAUCAUUCACAAGAAUGAAGAAGAGGGCGCUAUCCUUGCUUUCUUGACAUCUCAACUGGAAGUUGAAUGGGCCUGUGAAAAUUUCAGUGAUUCAAGUGCUGUGGUUCUUCCCAUGCAUGGAAAGCUCUCCCAAGUAGAACAGAGCCGGGUUUUCCAAAGCUAUCCUGGAAAGAGAAAAGUUAUCUUCUGCACGAAUAUGGCUGAAACAUCACUGACCAUAAAAGAAGUAAAGUAUGUUGUUGAUUCCGGACUGGCCAAGGAGAGCAGAUUUGUGCCCAGCAGUGGUCUCAAUGUAUUGAAAGUUAAUUGGAUUUCCCAAAGUUCGGCUAAUCAACGUGCUGGCCGGGCAGGCCGAACAGGAGCAGGAAAGUGUUACAGGCUUUACUCUGAAUCCGACUUCAGUAUGAUGGAAGUGCAUCAAGAACCUGAGAUCAGGAAAGUUCAUCUUGGCACUGCUGUUCUAAGGAUACUUGCUUUGGGUAUUAAAGAUGCACAAAAUUUUGAGUUUGUUGAUGCCCCAAAUCCAGAAGCAAUCAAUAUGGCUGUGAAGAAUCUUGAACAGUUGGGUGCUGUCAAAUGUAGACUCAAUUGCUAUGAGCUGACUGAUACUGGACGCCACCUGGUUAAAUUGGGAAUUGAGCCAAGGCUUGGGAAAAUUAUGCUUGAUUGCUUCAGUUUUGGUUUGAGGAAGGAAGGUGUAGUUCUAGCUGCUGUUAUGGCAAAUUCUAGCAGCAUAUUUUGUAGAGUGGGCACUGAUGAGGAGAAACAUAAAGCUGACCUUCAGAAGGUCCGUCUAUGUCACCGAGAUGGAGAUCUUUUCACUCUACUUGCUGUUUAUAAGAAAUGGGAAGAUGGGCAUGACAACAGGAAUAUGUGGUGCUGGCAGAACAGCAUCAACGCCAAGACCAUGAGGAGAUGCCAGGAUACUAUAUCAGAACUCGAAAACUGUCUAAAGCAUGAGCUGAACAUUAUUGUUCCAAGCUAUUGGUGUUGGAAUCCUGAGGCUCCCACUGUACAUGAUAAGUUGCUAAAGAGAAUUAUCCUAUCAUCUCUGACAGGUAAUCUUGCUAUGUUUUUAGGACAUGAAAGGUUUGGUUACCAGGUGAUUUCGACAGAUCAGGUUGUGAACCUUCAUCCGUCAUCAUCAUUGCUCAAUUAUGGCAUCAAGCCAGAGUGGGUGGUGUUUACAGAAAUCUUGUCAGUCCCGAAUCAGUAUCUGGUAUGUGUAACUGCUGUUGAUCAUGAUGCCUUGUAUACAGUUCACCCAAUGUCUUCCAUUCAGCAACUGGAGGAACGCAAAUUGCAGAUAAAGGUGAUUAGUGGGCUUGGUAAUAACUUACUGCGAAGGUUUUCUGGUAAAUAUAGCCAAAAUCUGCAAACGAUCAUCUCACGUCUCAAGGAAGAUUGCAAGGAUGACCGAAUAACUGUUGAGAUUAACUUUAACAAUAAUGAAGUUGUGCUAUUUGCUACUAAACAGAACAUGGAAAAGGUCUUUUGCGUUGUCAACAGUGCUUUGGAAUGUGAAGGUAAGAUGUUGAGGAAUGAGUGCCUUGAGAGAAGUUUAUUUCCUGGGAGGUCUGGCAGUUCUCCUGUUGCACUAUUUGGCUCAGGUGCUGAAAUCAAGCAUUUGGAACUUGAGAAGAGAUAUCUAACAGUAGAGUUUUUGCAUCAAAAUGCUCAUGACAUCAAUGACAAGGAUCUUAUUUGCUUGGUGGAAAGUACCGUCUCUGGUGUUGUUAAUUUUCAUAAAUUCACUGGAAACUUUCGGAUGGCCUCAGAUGGAACUAAAUGGGGGAAGUUUACAUUCCUCAAACCUGAAAAUGCUGAAGAUGCUGUUUCAAAACUGAAUGGGGUAGAAUUUCAUGGUUCCUCAUUAAAAGUACUUCCUGUAUGUUCUUUUGAUAAUCGAGGAUUGCCAUUCCCUGCGGUAAGAGCUAAAUUAUGUUGGCCACGUAAACGUAGCAGUGGACGUGCACUUGUAACAUGUGCCAGGGGAGAAGCUGAAUUUGUUGUAAGUGACUGCUUUGCCCUAGGAAUUGGUGGAAGGUAUGUCAAUUGCAGGCUUUGUACUAAGGAUGAGAACUGUGUCUUUGUUGAAGGAGUUCCAAUGCAUGUUACAGAGCCAGAACUGUAUGAUGCUUUUUGUAGUGCAACAACAAGGAGAAUCCUUAAUAUCCGUUUGCUCAGGGUUAAGGGAAAUGCCAUAGAUAGCCCCUCUGUUUCUACAUGUGAAGAAGAACUGGUUAAAGAAAUUUCUCCAUUCAUGCCAAAUAAAAAUUGUCCUGGACAAAACUUCCGUGUUGAGGUGUUUCCUCCAGAGGAAAACGAUUCAAUGAUAAGAGCAGCUAUAACUUUUGAUGGAAGUCUUUAUCAAGAGGCUGCAAGAGCACUGGACCAUCUCGAAGGAAGCUUUCUUCCUUGUUGUCAACCUUGGCAGAUAAUACAGUGCAAGCAUGUGUUUCAUAGCACUCUGUCCUGUCCGUUACGUGUUUACAACGUUAUCAGCCAGGAAGUCACUAUUCUGCUUGAAAGCUUCCAAAGCCAAAAAGGUGUGUCUUACAAUUUUGAAAAGACUGAGAACGGUAUUUUCCGAUUAAAGCUCACUGCAAAUGCUACAAAAAUAAUAGCAGAUUUGAGAAGGCCUCUUGAGAUGUUGAUGAAAGGCAAAACCAUAAACCAUCCUGAUCUGACAUUAAGUGCAAUUCAGCUGCUCUUGUCCCGUGAUGGUGUAGCACAUUUGAAAUCAAUUGAACAAGAAACUGGUACUUACAUUAUGUAUGACAGGCAAAGUCUAAAUAUUAAAGUCUUUGGAAACCAAGAUCAGAUGGCUGCAGUGGAGGCGAAAUUGGUUCAUGCACUUCAACAACUCCUUGAGAAGAAGCCUCUUGAAAUUAGUCUUCGUGGCCAUAGCCUCCCUCCAGAUUUGAUGAAGAAAACGGUAGAAAACUUUGGAGUUGAUCUGGAAGGAUUUAAGAAAGAGAUGCCCACGAUAAAGGUUGAGUUACACAAACACCGUCACCUACUUAAAGUUUGGGGCAGUAAGGAGGAUAAGCGAAAGGUUGAAAGGAUGAUCUCAGAGUUAACCUCUGUUAAACACAGUACCCUGGUUCAACUUCCACCAGAGAAUGUUGCAGGCAAUAAAGAAGAUAAGCAAAGGAUAGAUUAUGGUGAGCCGUCAGAGGAUGCAUGCCCUAUUUGCUUGUGUGAGAUAGAAGAUCCUUUUAGGCUUGAGUCAUGUGGGCACAUGUUUUGUCUGGCUUGUUUGAUGGAUCAGUGUGAAUCUGCCUCAAAAUCACAUGAUGGGUUCCCUAUUUGUUGCAUGAAAACUGGGUGCAAGAAGCCCUUCCUUGUUGUUGAUCUGAAGCACCUCGUGUCAAAUGAGAAGCUGGAGGACCUAUUCAGAGCUUCCUUGAGGGCAUUUGUUGCAUCUAAAGCAGGAAUGUACCGCUUCUGCCCGACACCCGAUUGCCAAUCCAUCUACCAAGUGGCAGCUCCAGAUGCAGAAACCAAACUUUUUUCCUGUGGGGCUUGCUAUGUGGAGAUAUGCUCCAAGUGUCAUCUCGAGUAUCAUCCUUUUAUAUCAUGUGAGGCUUACAAAGAAUACAAGGAAGACCCAGACUCGACACUGCUUGAAUGGCGCAAAGGGAAGGGGAAUGUUAAGAGCUGCCCUUCCUGUGGAUACACAAUUGAGAAAGCUGAGGGCUGCAACCAUGUUGAGUGCAGGUGCGGCAGCCACAUUUGCUGGGUAUGCUUGGAAAACUUCAAGAGCAGCGAAGAAUGCUAUGGCCAUCUCAGAUCUGCACACCAAUCUUUUGUGGACAUUGUGUAGUCGAACCUGCAUGUAGUUUCAGAAGGCAGGCCAUGACCACCUAAUGUAUUACUGUUUCAUAUUACCUUUUGGCUUCUUGUUUGCUGCGCCAUUUCAUUUUGUCGACGAGGCUUUUGAGAGGGAGGCGUGGAUGCAAUAGAGAAACUAGUAGAGGGUUUGUCUCCCAAUUGCAGAUGAAACUUGGCGUGCCGUCCUUACACCCAGCAAGUUAUUUGCCUCUUACCCUCUGUAGAUUGAUCUCUGGUUUAUUCUCAAGUCCCACAUGGCAUGCUUAGAGUUACUGUUUGGAAAGUGGGUAUGAUAAAGUUAAUAUGGCAAGCUUGUUGAAUCUUCAAGAAAUGAAUAUCAUUCGAGUAUGGUAUAUGGAUAUGAGAUAUGCUGUGCAUCAACAAAUGUAUUGCGUUGGGAUCAUUUUAAGGUCGGCUCAAUUUAGCUGUUGGGAUGGGACUGCCCUUGGUGAUAAGGCUGGACAUCUUGAUGCAAAGAAAGGAGAAACAUUAAAAGAGAAGACAUUGUGAAGUUCUGUUCAGUCGCCAUGUCAUUGCAAGAAAAGAAAAUCCUACAAUCUGGAGCUGAUUAGCAAUCUGCUCCUUAGUGCCAUUUACUUCAGGUGAAAGCAGUUUUGCCCUGCCCAAACAUUCCAUGUACUCCAAGUUCGUUCAUGAUUGCUACAGAACAGUAAUCAUGAGGUGAUUGAUGGCUUUCUGCAAUCUUGGUUGUCCCUCCAUGGACCAAGCGAGGUGAUUGGUUGCUUGGCGUAAUUCCUGAUAUUCCUCACAUGGAGCAGCAUUGUGCAAUCUUGGCUGCCAUUUGUGGACCCACGAUUAGGUAGACCUGGAGAGUUGCUGCUGUAACGUGAUCAUGAAUGUGUAAUAGUGUAAUGCCCUCUUUGCUAGCCGAAAAAGGGUAUGCAGUUCAGAUUGUUUUACUUCAUGUGCAUACAUGCCACUUGCUUUAUAUGUUCAUAUGAUGCACUCAGUAUUGCAACUA